GGACUGCAGAGGCCAAACUCAGGAGCCUGGCCAUGAGGUUUGAUGCCUCAUUUUAUUGAAGGGAGACACUGGACCUAAAUGGCGCAGCAUGACUUUGUUCCUGCCUGGCUUAACUUCUCAACACCACAGUCAACCAAGUCCCCUGCAGCCACCUUUGAGAAACAUGGAGAGCAUCUUCCACGGGGAGAGGGCCGCUUUGGCGUGAGCCGCAGGAGACACAACUCUUCCGAUGUUUUCAAUAAUGGGCCCCUCCGAACUGCGGGAGACUGCUGGCAUCAGCCGUCCCUUCUCCGCCAUGAUUCUGUAGAUUCUGGUGUUUCUAAAGGAGCUCAUGUUGGGCUUUCUGGCAGUCAGCCUGGCUGGCAUGGUCCCUCGGGCCAUGAUAGUGUGAACCAGCGUGGAGGAGGAGGAACUGGAGUUCAUCGCCACUGGAAUGGCAACUUCCAUUCUCGGAAAAGUUCCGCCUUUCAAGAAAAGCUGCCUGCUGAAUCCAGGGAAGAGAAGAAGGAAGAUAAAGAGCAUUUGCAGUUUGAGGAGGAAGACUUUCCAUCUUUGAAUCCAGAAGGUGGAAGACAAAACAACCAGAACAAACCUUUAGGGACACCUUCUGGAGUAUGGGAAAACCCCCCUAGUGCCAAGCAACCUACCAAGAUGCUGGUCAUCAAAAAGGUUUCAAAAGAGGAUCCUUCCGCCGCCUUCUCAGCUGCAUUUACAUCACCUGUUUCUCACCUGGCAAAUGGCAACAAAGCCACCACCAUUGUCCCAAGUGUCUACAAAAAUCUGGUUCCUAAACCUGCAGCUCCUCCUUCCAAGCCAAGCCCAUGGAAAGCCAACAGAAGUGAACAUAAACCAGGCUCGCUGUCCUCCACCCGUGACUCUGCCUUUACCAGUCCAGUGUCUGUAACCAAACCAGCGGUACUGGCAAGUGGCUCAGUCCUCACCUCUCCCAAAGAGAGUCCUUCCAGCACCACGCCUCCCAUCGAGAUCUGCUCCUCGCGCCUGACGAAGCUGAUGCGCCGGACCACUGAUAAAAAGAGCGAAUUCCUGAAGGCACUGAAGGAUGAUAGAAAUGGGGAGAUUACAGAAAACAGGGAAUGUGACAAGCUGGAUGAUAUGGAGAGCAACAGCACACCAGAACCAAAGGAAAACUGGGAAGAGAACUGCCAUCAGAAUGGCCUUUCUCUCCCCUUGCCAGAGGAGGGGGAAAACCUCUCCCAUUCAUUGGAAGCAGAACACAGGUUAUUGAAAGAAAUGGGAUGGCAGGAAUAUCCUGAAAAUGAUGAAAACUACCUUCCCCUCACGGAGGAUGAGCUCAAAGAGUUCCAGAUUAAAUCAGAACAGCGAAGAAGAAAUGGAUUUGGGAAGAAUGGAUUUCUUCAGGGCCGCGGCUCCAGCCUGUUGUUCCACUGGGGAAGCACUUUUAAGACAAAGAUUGAGGACUCAGACACGGAAACAAGUAGCAGCGAAACGUCAGAUGACGAUGCCUGAAACUGGGCACAAUAAAAUUAAAAUAAAUAAAACCAACCCAAUAAACUCAGUUCAUAGUUCAACACGUGUUUGGGGUUGUAUAAACUAAACAGAGUUUAUUCUGUCUCCAGUCUGUUCAGUUUUUUCUUUUGUUGUUGAUACUUCAUGCACAAGGGAAAUAAUUGUAUCCCAAAGAAGAGAGAAAUUGGCUUCUUUAGCUUUUUCUUUUGGUUUUGCCCUAAUGCUUACUAGAAGUUUGUGCAGCUAGCAAAUUUUGACAAAAAUCCCUUGUGGGGCAGUGCACAAGUUCAGUCGUGUGAGCAGGACACAAGUGGCUGACUGAUCUCUGCAACAACAAGCUUCUAACAGUGCCGCCGCAUUGCCCAGCGCGCGGUAACGGUGUGCUAAAACAAUCAUUGUCGAUGACAAAAUGGCUUUUGAAGUUCUAAUUAUGUUAAAUUAAUGCUAAUAACAUGAAUAUUUUAUUUUAUUUUAUUUUUUUUGGCGGCUCGGGGAGCUUCAUCACUUAACCAGGCGUUUGUGGUUUUCUUUUUUUUUUUUUUUUGGGUACAGCUGUAAAAUAUUUGGAUAUAGGAAUUGUUUGUGUUCUUCUUCUUGCAGCCUUGAUAUUCAGGGUGGAUUGUAAAAUAUAAAUUUUUUGUGAGAUUUCAAAGAUUAAGAUUAUUUUGAUAACAUUAUUUACAGAUUUUAAAAAGUGACUAUCACAUUGAGUCUGUAUGAGGGGGAAAAACUACUGCAUCAAAAAUAACUAACUUGGAAUAAAUAUUUUGCAUCAGUUUGCCAA